AUAGGCACUUCAAAAGGCCUUUGUUAGCUAUUUUAAAGAGUUUCUUCCUAAAUUCGCCUCCAACAGCCUUGUUAUCUCCCUAACUAUUUCUCAUAACCUCAUUUUCCUAACUGUUUCUGGUGAGGCAAAAGGAGCUCGCUAGUUGAUUUUUACACCAAGUUUUCCACUCCACAUAACUAAUCAGUUUGUUUGGUUGUCUUCACAGUCAUCGUCUUCAUCAAGCACCAAAGAUUUUAUGUUGAGAAAUGCAAUCGUUGUGUGGGAGAGUUCGAUUGGUUGCUAGGCACACUUUCAGCACCUCAAAGGUUGUUGAUUUUAAUUUAACUAGGGCAAUUCUGAUAAGCAGUGGUCGUGGAUUGAGCUCCUUGGAAUCGAAUUUUUUUGCUUCGAAUGGAGUGGCAGCUGCUAACAACUUCUAUGGGUAUUCGACGAGUUAUUUGGCGGAAUACUUGUCACCGUUACUCCCCAAGUUUGCUUCUUGCUCGGGAUUGGCAUUGCUCAAAAAAAUGGGCAUCCAAACAGAGUUGUCGACAUUGUCUAAGAAUAAUGGUGUAGCUUCAGUACUGCUGUGUAAUGGAGUUCCUCGGCCUGCUUUGUUUCAAUUGGCAACAAUGGUUCCAAAUUCUCCUAGUAGGUGCAUCUCAACAAUGGGCGAAGGAGGCAAAUCCAUGUCUCAAGAUGCUUCCACUUCCAUAUCUGAUGUAGCACCACGCAUCAAAUUUAAACGGCUCGAUAAAACAGCAAGGCACAUAAUGGAGAUUCUUGAUAAGGAAGCAGUGGAGGAAGUGAGGGAAAAAAGAGAGAUACCUGAUAUAAGGCCCGGUUACAUCAUCCAGCUGAAAGUGGAAGUUCCUGAGAACAAGAGACGUGUUUCAAUCUUAAAAGGCAUUGUUAUAGCAAGGCGCAAUGCUGGUCUGAAUACCACAUUUAGACUAAGAAGACUAGUAGCUGGAGUUGGGGUUGAAUCUCUCUUUCCUCUGUACUCACCUAAUAUAAAGGAGAUAAAGGUGCUGGACAAGAAAAAAGUGAGGAGGGCCAAGCUUUACUAUCUCAGGGAUAAAAUGAAUGCACUGAAGAAACAUUGACCACCCAUGUAGCUGGUGGAAUUGAAAGAGAUGUGUUCCUUGAGAAAGAUGGGUGGAAGAGGCAAGACUCAAAGUGGAAUGCUUGGCGAGGUGACUGCGUUGUUAUAGUAUGAACAUGCUUUUUACAAACUUCUUCAAAGCACUUGAGACUUUUAAGCCAGUUUUUAAAAGAAAAGAGUCGUGACUAUUGCAGAUUGUAUUUGAGUAAUGAGCAUAAUUGUAUUUAAGCAUAGUCAAGCACCAUCUGAACCCAUGGGUGUCCUAGUGUAAGAGGCUCUGGCCAGUACAUCAGGAAAGUCAGAAGUACCCAGUCUGACUCAAUUGGUGAGAGUUGUGGGUUGGCCAAGGGCGGAGCAAUGUUUCUAAUUGAGGGGGUCCAAAACAUAAAUAAAUAAUUUAUCAUGUCCUA